CCUGCCACUAGAGUUGGCGGUCCUGCUGAUCAGCGAGGCCAAUUUACGGCACCAUGGUACGUUACGACACAACUAACCGACACGCGUGCGCGACGCCUAUAAGGACUAUCGAUGGCGCCACGAGCCGGUUUGCAACGAAACGCCGCAGUCAGCGAGCGCGGGCCGGCCUCAGCUCCAUGGCCUCAUAGGGCUGCGGCGCGGCCCUUAGCCCGCGCGCGAGCAGUUCCGGGGCCCACCGCGAGCCACACGACCUUGCUGCGUCAUCGCGCAAAUCCCUGACGCUUGUGUGUGCCGCGAACGAGCGGAGCGGCGGAGCGGUGGACCGGCCGACGCCAAAAAGCGCCACCGAGACGCCCGCCUGCGCUCGCAACACACACCAAACUCCCGAGAGCACGCCACGCCCCGCGCAAACCGCUCACCCGCCGCGCCCCUCCGCAGCCGUCCCACAAGACCUUCCGCACGAAGCGGACGCUCGCGAAGAAGAUGGCCCAGAACCGGCCCAUCCCCCAGUGGAUCCGCAUGCGCACGGGCAACAAGAUCCGCUGGAACUCGAAGCGGCGGCACUGGCGCCGCACGAAGCUCGGCCUCUAGUCGAGUUGCCUAAAAAAACGUGUUCGUCUUAGUCUAUAGUAGUACGGGGAUUUCGCGUCGAUGGCGUGCCAGUGGAUGACAAGUAGUAUAGACAACAUAUGUACAUUAGGUAUAAAUUUUCAGCGCCACCGGCAAAAGCCUCCGCUUCGGGCGUCGGCGGCCA